CGCAUGCGCGUGGGUUCUGCCUCCAACAACAAGGAGCGAGAGCCAGCCAACAUGGCCGACCUAGGGAAGAAGUACUGCGUGAACUGCCUGGCAGACGUGACCAAUCUCCGGCUUCGCUGCACCGACUGUCCCGAUAUCGAGCUGUGUCCCGAGUGCUUCUCGGCGGGCGCAGAAAUCGGCAACCACCGGAGAUGGCACGGCUACCAGCAGGUCGACGGCGGUCGCUUCUCCCUCUGGGGUCCCGAAGCGGAGGGAGGAUGGACGAGCAGGGAAGAGCAGUCGCUCCUAGAUGCCAUCGAGCAGUACGGCUUCGGAAACUGGGAGGACAUGGCCGCUCACGUCGGAGCCGGCCGCACACCCCAGGAAGUCAUGGACCACUACGUGACCAUGUACAUCCACGGCAACCUGGGAAAGGCCUGCAUCCCAGACAACAUUCCCAACCGGGUGACGGACCACACGUGCCCCGGCGGAGGGGCGCUGUCGCCCAGCCUCACCGUCCCGCUCCCGCCUCUGGACGUCAGCCUGGCCGAGCAGCAGCAGCUGGGCUACAUGCCGCUACGCGACGACUACGAGAUCGAAUACGACCAGGAUGCCGAGAAGCUCAUCAGCGGCCUCUCGGUGAACUACGACGACGAGGACGUGGAGAUCGAGAUGAAGCGCGCCCACGUGGACAUGUACGUGCGCAAACUGCGCGAGCGACAGCGGCGGAAGAACAUCGCUCGAGAUUACAGCCUGGUGCCCGUUUUCCUGGGCCGGGACAAGAAAGAGAUGCGGGACAGGGAUAAGUCGCCGGGAGUCGCGAGCGGCGCAGUUGGACCGGGAGUCGGCGCGAUGACGCCGGGUUCGGCGACGGCAGCGGGAACGUGCCCGCCGGUUCCCACCACGCCGAAAAGGAAGAUCAACAAGGAGGAGAAGGAGCAACGGGUGCGCCUGCGGGGGCUCUGCCAAUUUAUGGCCCACCGAGAAGUCGAGGAGCUCUUUGAGAAUAUGCACAAGGAGCGCGUACUCAGGAACAAAGUGAGGGAACUGCAGCGCUGCCGCCGCAGCGGCAUCGCUCGCCUGGAUGAGGCGGCCGAAUACGAGGCGGCCCGCCACAAACGGGAGAAACGCAAAGAGAACAAGAGCGUGGUCGUCUCCAAACGCGGCGGCGGAGGGCUCGGCACCGGGACGGCGCCGGGCGGAGGUGCGGGUGGAGGCGUGCUCGGCGGGCUCGGGGCGGGCUGCGCCGUCAAGGAGGAAGCCAAAGAGGGCGAGUUCGCAUCCAUCGAGAACCUGACCGGCUUUGAGCUGCUGUCGGACCGCGAGAAGGUGCUGUGUAACUCCCUCAACCUGAGCCCGGCGCGCUACCUGACGGUCAAAACCAUCAUCAUCAAGGACCACCUGCAGAAGAGACAGGGCGUCCCCUCCAAGAGCCGGCUACCCAGCUACCUGGACAAAGUCCUCAGGAAACGUAUCGUCACCUUCCUCACCGAAAGCGGCUGGAUAUCCAGGGACGCCGUUUAGACCCGACACAGGGAAAGACCAAACUACUGACUCGUACCGUCAUGGUGACAUUGUGAAUGUGUCCAGCGGCAGCCCUCGCUGGCCCAAGAAAUACAGUGAACCGUCCCUCGUUGGUCACGAGGGUUGCGUUCCAGCCGCACUCACCAAAAAUCGGGAUACGUUCAAUCAAGCUAAGAAACGGGAGAAUCUCGUAUAACCACUUGCAGUCAAAGGAAAAGAUGAGCCCGUUGGCACUGUGAUGUUAGUUUCAUUUGCCAGUAGGUGGCAGUCCAGCACAAAAUGGUCCCCGGUGAUGAAUAGAACAAGGAUUUGUCUUAUUUUAUUUUUUUGCUGCUUUAUUCAUAUUCCACAAACACAGUAUUAAUACAAAUACCGUGUUUUGACGAGUGGGGGGCACAUAGAACAUAAGAACAUUUGAGAGUACAGUGAAACAAUGUGUUCUCCUCAGGUUGCUGGCCACCUCCACUAAAAUCAGAACAGAUCAUUCAGUUGUUCCCCUGAAAUGAAAUUACUCGUAAGUAUAAUCAGAAUUUGCUUCAAUCUUUACUGUUUUCUGAAAAAAAAAAAAAGACCAAGGUCAGUAUUUUAGGAGUUCAACCAAACCAUAGACUGUAAGAAAUAGUCCACUAGGCUAAUGCUAAUGUAUAAUGUGAAAUCCCAUAGGCAGGCUAAUGAAAUUAGCAUGGAUGGUUGCAGUCAUUGUAAAGUUGUUAACUUCAUGAGGGCCUGACCAAUGAGAGUUAAGCUCAGUGUCGAUUCCGAUAUUUGACACAACAGAAUUCCAUUAAUGGAUUAUUAUUGGCCGAUUUAAUUAAAAAAAAUGAAUAUAAUAAUUUCCUGUUGGGUGCCAUUAAGGCUUAACUAUAUGAAUUGCAGGUAGAAAAUGUCACUGCUUUACAAUACUUUGGCCUUUAGUGUUUGAUUAAUUUUACAACAGAGAGAAACAUCAGAUUUUUUUUUCCUGGUUAGUGAAUACUCGUCUUAGGUUGUCAUGUGUUCAUGUAUGAGAAAGAAGAACUUGGCCUAUUUUAAUUCAGCUGAUCAAUUGCUCGGGCCCUAAUUGGGACUCAUGCACAGGGACGUCCUGUGCAUCUUCUUAUUACUCUUAUGUUGCAUUUCAUCCAGUCAAGCUCAGUACUACCGCGUGGAAUGUUGUGGUACUCCGCCGACAGCUCGCGAUUCCAAAUCAGGACUUGCAGGCGUUGUGCCAAAACGGAAAGCGACACAGUGUGGGUUUACUGUAUUUGCAUAUCAGGACUAAGGACAAAAGAGCCAUGUUUUGCUGUUUGCAAAGGGCAGGAUGAAUUGUCAGUAUUUCGGGUCUGUUGAUAGGGUUGGAAAAUUCCCAGAAUUUUUACCAGUCAUGAGUAAAUGAAAACAAUUGAGGAUUAUGAAGUGAAACACUUCUCAGAUGUUUUGCCUGACGGUAUUUUCUUCCUGUCCUGCAAAAGUAGUCUGACCCUUUGUAAAUGAUGUAUAAAUGGAAAAAGGUGAAAUACUGGUGACCUGUACAGUAUUUUCCAUCCUGGAAUUAUUUUUUGUAACAGCUUUUGUAAGUUAAAAAAAAAAAUCAAGAUUUUUGUAUUGCACAGAUGAAGCUGCGGGCUUUGCUCUCUUGGUAUGUAUGGACAUGUAUUAAACAUGGAAACUUCAACAUGAA